AUGCAGAACUACACUUCUGUGACAGGGUUCACCCUACUGGGAAUUCCCAAUACGGAAGGGCUGGAGAACAUGCUGUUUGUCUUAUUUUUGGCCUUCUAUCUCUUCACCUUACUGGGAAAUCUGCUCAUCUUCCUCACCAUUCUGGUCUCCUCCAACCUGCACACCCCCAUGUAUUUCUUCCUGGGAAACCUGUCUGUGUUUGACAUCUUUUUCCCUCCAGUGAGUUCCCCCAAAAUGAUGCUCUACCUCAUGGGGCAAAGCCGGACCAUCUCUUACCAGGGCUGUGCCUGUCAACUCUUCUUUUACCACUUCCUGGGUGGCACUGAGUGUUUCCUGUACACCAUGAUGGCCUAUGACCGCUUCGUGGCUAUUUGUCACCCUUUGCGGUGCACCAUCAUCAGGAACCCCAGGGUGUGCACCGGUUUGACGUUGGGCACUCAGUUGGGUGGUUGUCUACAUGGAAGUAUCCUCACAUUUCUGUUACCCUACUGUGGCCCCAGUGAGGUGGACAAUUUCUUUUGUGAUAUCCCGGUGGUGCUGUCCCUGGCCCGUGCAGACACCUCUCUAGCUCAGAUGGUGAGUUUCUCCACCAACGUAGGUGUUGUGGCACUCAGGCGUUUUCUUCUUAUCCUCGCUUCUUAUACUCGCAUUGUUAUCUCUGUAUUGAAAAUCAGCUCCUCAGAAGGCUGGCGCGGAGCCUCUUCUACCUGCAGUGCGCACCUGACUUCCAUCCUGCUCUUCUAUGGACCAGUGGUCGUGAUUUAUCUCUGGCCUGCCUCCAGCCCCUGGUUGGAUUCUGUGGUUCAGGUAUUGAAUAAUAUUGUUACCCCUUCCCUGAACCCUUUGAUCUACACAUUGAGAAACAAGGAUGUGAAGUUGGCUCUGAGAAAAGCACUAAUCUGA